UUACACUGCACUCACAUAAUUUACUUGGGCACGUGGCGCUAUGAGAAGCUUUAUCAUCUUCCUAAUCCUCCUCCUCCACAUUACGACAGGACACGAUAGUGAUGUGUACGGCGCACAAAACUGCGGUAUAUCACAAGUUGGGUCUGCACACUUUGGAGCGGCAAGAAGAAGACGUUCUUCCCCAGUUGAUGCGCACUCUAAUGAUGCAAAUUUUGACGGCGGUGUACAGCAACAGGAGUUGGAUGAGAACGCCAUUUUGAACGAAGAUGACAACGAUUUUAUGCAGGAAAAGGUAAUGGGAGGUAGACGAGCUGAGAGAGGUGAACUUCCAUGGGCAGUGCAUCUUCGCACCCGGAUAAGUGUGUGUGGUGGAACGCUGGUUUCUAGACGACAUAUUAUUUCUGCAUCUCAUUGUUUUAAAAGGACAAGAAAACGUCCAUGCGGCACCUCAAUCAUGUCUUCUAUGGAAGAAGUCAUAAAUGGCACUAAAGUUUUCAUUGGUGGAACUUGCACUAAAGCAAACAGAUCUGGUUGCAUUGAUUCAGAUGUUGGCAGGAUUUACAAAGUCGCGCGCGCAUUUUACGACGGGUGGUUCAAGAAAGACUGCAAAGGCACUCAUGACAUAGCCAUUCUUGAGUUGACUGAAGACGUGCCAAAGACAAUAAAUCAUGUUUGUCUACCGUUCAUAAAUCAUUUGCAAGAGAUAGAAGAUCCCUAUCUGAAGAUGAGAACAUUUGGAUGGGGAAGAGACCCAAUAAAGCAUGCCAAACUAUCGCCUUACCUGCAAAUAGCGGAUCUAGGUGCAAAAUCGACGGGAGAGGAGUGCGACAAAGUAACGGUUUGGAAAGCAAAGGAUACAUUUUGCUUCACGAGUAUCUCUCCAACAUGGUGUCCUGGUGACAGUGGUGGCGGAGUGACAGCAAAAAUCCAUGGAAGAAGUUACCUGAUGGGGAUAGUAUCUCAAGGAGGAAAUUGUCAACAUAAUGUUGACUAUCUAAAGAAGAGGAGGAAAAAACGUCCAUAUCCAAUGGUUGCUACUGAUAUCAUGUACCAUAGAAAACUUAUUGAGAAAUGGCUUCAGACAGAAAAAAGUGAAAAUCAACCUGCUGAAACACACAAAAUCUCGCUGCCCAAUGUUCUAAAUACACUAUUCAAUAUGUUUAAUCGUUUGCUUCGCUUUUUGUUCCCCAGCUCGCAGAAAAAAGCACCCUGAUGGAUUGACUCGGACAGAAAAUGCUUCCAAAAAUGAUGAGAACAUAUGAAC